CUGCCCGCUGUCAGUGCGGCUCAUUGUAAGCCGGAGUUCGAGCCAGUGAUAGAGCUCAGUGAUGGCCCGCAGCCGGCCCGCAUCGACAGCCCAUCCCCAGCCACCUGCCGGGCUGCCCACACCUGCCCUCCGUCACACGGGACUAUGAGCUAAUACCGCAUCCAGCCAGCAGCAGCCAUGCCCGGGAUGGGGGUAGCGGGAGAGAGACGGGGGGGAGCUGCCUGUCUACUCACUCUUGUGCUCAUUCAGCUUAGUGUCCAUCUUGGCUUCGUAGAGGCUGAGUCGGUGCAACUGUCUGAGAAAACAACAAUAAUACUUCCAUCUGGGAAAUACCACCACACCGACCCCGAAUCCAAUGCAAGCUUAAUAUGUGACAAGUGUCCGGCCGGUACCUAUGUGUCCAGACACUGUACAAAGUCUACACUUCGAGAGUGCAGCCCUUGCACCAAUGGCACCUUCACAAAACACGAGAACGGGGUUGAGAGGUGCCAUGCCUGCAGACCGCCUUGUGAAAAGCCGUUGGUUGAGAAAAUGCCUUGUACUGCCUUGUUUGACCGCGAGUGCUCUUGUCCAACAGGUGCAUUUCUGUUCAAUGACACCUGUACACCACACACCGUUUGCCCAAUUGGAUGGGGUGUCAGGAAAAAAGGAAGCGAUACAGAAAAUGUCAAGUGUAAGAUAUGCUCUGGCAGGACCUUUUCGGAUGUGCCUUCUAGCGUCAUGAAAUGCAAGACGCACACAAACUGCUUAGAACUUGGUCUGGGGGUCCUAAGCCCUGGUACGAAUAAACGUGACAAUAUUUGUGGACCGCUUUCUUCUUCACCUCCACCGGUUCUAAAUUCUACACGUGCUGAAAAUGAGCCUCCCGACGUUUACAUUGAAUCUGGAACGAAUGACACAAAAUACUUGAAUAAGACAGACAAUUGGGACACGUCACGCCAACAGACUGACCAUACCAAGCGACCUCAGUUGACCGACGUGGUCCAGCACCCAGGAAUAGUGAAGAUUGCCGGUCAGAGUGCGAAGAACACUGAAUUUAAGACCACUAAAAGGGGACCUCCCCGGCAGAACUCCAAUCGUUUUGACAUAAAUGAGCACCUUCCUUGGAUGAUCGUUUUAUUCCUGCUUCUUGUACUAGUAAUCAUUGUGGUGUGUAGUGUCCGGAAAAGCUCCCGAACUUUAAAAAAAGGACCAAAGCAGGAUCCAAGUUCCAUUGUUGAGAAAGCGGGUUUUAAAAAGUCCAAUGCGUUGGCUCAUAACCGGGAGAAAUGGAUCUACUACUGCAAUGGGCAUGGUAUUGACAUAUUGAAGCUUGUGGCAGCUCAGGUCGGGAGCCAAUGGCAAGAUAUUUACCAGUUUCUUUGCAAUGCAAACGAGCAGGAGGUGGCGGCGUUCUCCAACGGUUACACGGCAGACCACGAGCGAGCCUAUGCAGCCUUACAGCACUGGACUAUCCGAGGGCCGGAAGCCACUCUUGCAAAACUCAUAAGCGCUUUACGCCAACACAGGCGCAAUGAUGUUGUGGAGAAGAUCAGAGGCCUAAUGGAGGAUACGGUACAGAUUGAAAAUAACAAGCUUACCCUUCCUGUGAAUGUUAACCAGCAGGUGCCAAUUCAGGAGACUGGAAUUAAAUCUCCUGACCCCACUGUCCUCACCGUGGAGCCGUCUCCCCUAGACAAAACCAAAGGGUUCUUUGCCGACGAGUCUGAGCCCCUUCUCCGUUGUGACUCUACUUCAAGUGGGUCUUCUGCACUCAGCAGGACUGGUUCAUUCAUAACCAAAGAAAAAAAGGACACAGUUUUGCGUCAAGUUCGUUUGGACCCCUGUGACCUUCAGCCUAUUUUCGAUGACAUGCUUCCUAUCCUGAGCCCUGAAGAACUUCAUGUCAUUGACAAAAUCCCACAGGAAGAAGACAAGCUUGACCGUCUUUUUGAGAUUGCUGGAGUAAAGAGCCAGGAGGCCAGCCAAAAACUCCUCGAUUCUGUCUACAGCCAUCUCCCUGAUCUGCUGUAGCAUUAACAAAGUAAUUAAAUACUGGAAUACACAUACAGCACUUCUUGCUUGCCUGUCACUGGUAGGGCAAGCGGGUCCACUACUGCUUCAGGCCAGUCAAUGUUGUUGCAGGAGGAGAAACUAUGGCGUUCUGAUUAUCCUUUUAACCUAUUUUGGCCAUUUUUAAAUGGAAACCUUGGUCAGGAUGAUUGAUGUGUUACAUGUUCUUACUUAUUGCAAGCAGGGAAUUCAUCUUUGCAGUUAUGGGUCGAUAGUGAUUUAUUUGUUACAGCAUUCUAAGAGAAUAUUAGCUUUUUAUUUUUCAGGCUUGGUUUAACUGAGCAAUCAACUUUUGAUAUAUCAUGGUAUAUAUUAGCAUAUGCUACUUUGCAGUGUUGUGAUAGCCGUAUCCAUUAAGUCUUAAAUAUAUUAUGGUUAAUGUUUUUGGUUAAUUGCCACCCUUCCAUUGGGGGCGAC